AUGCUCCUCCUCGACUACCAAAAUGUCCUCAUUCAAUCCAUCCUGACCGAACGAUUCUCUGGCGCCCCUCCACAAUCCAUUGACCAAGUAGUGUCUGACUUCGACGGCGUAACCUUCCACAUUUCAACCCCGACCACCAAAUCACAGAUCCUCAUUUCCCUACAGAUCAAAUGCUUCCGAGAACUCGUACAAUAUGGCGCCGAAGCAGUGUUGUCACGGGAAUACGGUAGCUACAUUACAGGCACUGAAGCAGGCUACGACUUCAGUAUUCUGAUUGACCUGGACAACCUCCCUCCCACGCCGGAGGAACGGGAAGAGCUAGUGCGCCGGAUCUCCCUUCUCAAACGCAAUGUGAUGGCCGCACCAUUCGAGAAGGCCUUCGACGAAUUCUCCGCCCUCGCAGAAGAAGCCGCAAAGUAUACCUCGGAGUCGGCGCCGCAAGGCGUGCAAGAGGGCGGCGAGGUCAUGUCGGUGCAUUACCGCGAGGAAGAGGCCAUCUAUAUCAAGGCAUCCCACGAUCGUGUUACCGUUAUUUUCUCCACAUUAUUCACCGAUGCUGUGGACAAGAUCUUCGCAAAAGUGUUCUUACAGGAAUUCGUCGAUGCCAGACGGAGAGCCAUCCAGAACGCUCCCCAGGUGCUCUUCCGCAGCGAUCCGCCGCUCGAGUUGCAGGGUCUCAAAGGUGUGGGCAAGACGGGCGAGAAGGGCGAGGUUGGCUUUAUCACUUUUGUUCUCUUCCCUCGCCAUUUAGCCCGCCAACGCCGUGAGGAUGUGAUCUCUCACAUUCAGAUUUUCCGGGAUUAUUUCCACUAUCACAUCAAAGCCUCCAAGGCUUACAUCCACUCGAGAAUGCGACGGAGAACAGCCGAUUUCUUGCAAGUUCUCAACCGCGCACGACCAGAGACGGAAGAACGGGAAAGGAAGACGGCCAGUGGAAGGACAUUCCGCGUCCAGGGCUAA